AUGAACCUGUUCAAGAAUAACCAGUUCUUCUUCCUUCUCCACCUGGCCCACAUUAUCUCCAUGGAGAGCAUCGGCUGGUUCACUAUCUUCUACUUUGGCAACAGCUGGAUUCCAACCAUCAUUACGGCCUUGCUCCUUGCUACCUCUCAGGCCCAGGCUGGAUGGCUGCAACACGAUUACGGCCACCUCUCUAUUUACAAGAAUUCCAUGUGGAACCAUAUUGUAUACAAGUUCAUCUUCGGUCACUUAAAGGGUGCCUCUGCCAACUGGUGGAACCAUCGCCACUUCCAGCACCACGCCAAAUGUGUUCCACAAGGAUCCGGCUGUGAACAUGCUACAUGUCGUGAGUACUUCUUCCUGAUCGGGCCGCCGCUGCUCAUCCCUUUGUACUUCCACUACCAGACCAUCAUGACCAUGAUUGUUUGCAAGGACUGGGUGGACUUGGCCUGGGCCAUCAGCUACUAUACCCAUUUCUUCAUCACCUACAUCCCUUUUUGUGAUGUCCUGGGAGCCAUCCUUUUCCUCAACUUCAUCAGGUUCCUGGAGAGCCAUUGCAGUCAGCUGGCAGCCACCUGCAACGUGGAAUCGUCCUCCUUCAAUGACUGGCUCAGUGGGCACCUCAACUUCCAGAUUGAACACCACCUUUUCCCUACCAUGCCCUGGCACAACCUGCACAAGAUCACUCCGCUGGUGAGGUCCCUGCGUGCCAAGCACGGCAUUGAGUACCAGGAGAAGCCGCUGCUCCGGGCCCUGCAAGAUAUCAUCGGGUCCCUGAGGAAGUCUGGGCAGCUGUGGCUGGAUGCCUACCUCCACAAACGAAGCUGCAGCCCUCAGGGCCCCCACGGGGACAGUGGGUGGGGGGAGCAGGUGGGGGUGGUGGCCGAAGGGGAAGCCAGCUCAAGCCUCCGAGCCCAGGGAAACAUCCUGGCCUCACCGGAGCCCUCUGACCCAGGACUUGAGCAGUUCCACUCCACCACCUCCCAAGUCCAGAGCCUGUGA